GGACGACACCAUCUGACUUCCCCCUUAAGCCUAGGCAAACCUGUCUGGGAGGUGUGGGAAUGAGAAAGUGAUCUUCCUUACAUUACCCUCUCUCACAAGCAAGGGACCCCUGAGCCUUUUGUCUCGCUGCUCACGUCUUCCCGAUUCCGUUCAUAAUGCCCUGUGGAUCCAACGACGGCCGCUGGGGAGGCCAUCGAUGUUUACGCUGUCGCAUGGUGCAUGUAAAAUGCGAUGGCCGCCGACCAUGUCGACGCUGCGCCCAACGAGGCUAUAUCUGUUGUUCUCCGGAAAAGCCUGCUAAUGUAGUUUUCGUCUCUUGUCCUGCACGAUCAACAGUUGUUCCACCACAAGUAUUCUUACCUACAGAUCCGUGCAUGUUUAGCAACGUAUUCUUCAAUGCUAUACGUUGUUCUCUGUCACCACUGGUAUCUGUUUUUUCGUUCGACUCUAUCGGCGCCAUACUUGAUGAAAGCAAGCUAGUCCAGGAUGUGGUAUUCCUAGUCGGGAAGACAUAUCUGCUGCAUAUGUCCCAUCGAAGAACAUAUGAUCUACGAGAGUCGCUGCAUCGUCUCCAGCACCAAGCGCUUAAUGAGCUUAACAUGCCAGACACUAAAGUCAUGACGGCGGGUCUUGUAUCGUCUUGUCUCUUAAGCCUCGUCGAGCUAAUCUUGGAUGGGAGCGCCAAGGGCUGGCGAUCGCUUACUGGCAAGAUAGAAAGAUUGAUCUCAAUGUACACUGAUACUACGCAGACGCUGCCACAUCUAGGAAGGUCGUUUUAUUGGUUCGCACGGAUUAGUAUUGCUGCCAGGGCCGUCUGUUUUGGUGAGAGCCUAUCUAUGCCACCGUCAGCUCUGACUUGUGCGAGGUCAGACAUGCCUUCUGGGAAUCCUUUGCCCUCCGGUGUAGAGGAGAAUAUAGCACUACUGGCCAUGCACCUUGAAUCAUGGGCUCAGUUACAAAGCCGGGUAAUAUGCUGGAUCAAGGACAGUGAAGAGCUGUAUUUAAAGGAAAAUCGCACUGAGACGGAUAUAAACAGUCGCCCCCUAUUUCGGAAAGAAUACAGCAAUCUGCCGUUCGACCAUAUUAUGCGCGGUAUGGAAAUUGUCUGUUGUGCUUCUCAACUCCAACGUGCCAUUAUCGCCACUGUUCUUUCAUGUACCGAUUCUCCGUUGUCUUCCGUUGAGCCAUCAAUACUAUCUUUGCUUCCAUAUUACCAAUGGUCACUUGCUGGCUUAUCACGACAAUUUGUCCAUCCGGCCUGGACCUCCCUCGGCUGUUGUCUUCCUAUGAUGCCUGAAGAUCUUAUAUACCAACAAGCAAUGCAGGCAUUUGCAUAUGCUGAAGGAAGCUUGCACAAUAGCGCGGAUUUUGAAGGUCUUUUAUAUGUCCCUAUAAUGAAUAUUGUUGGUCUUGAGAUGAAAACAGCACAAGAAAGAACUCGGGCUCUUGACUUCCUGACAAGCCUGAAGACAAAAGGCUUUGCUGUGGCAGGUAAGGUCGAGCAAGAUCUGAAGAAAGCGUGGAUAGGGCAGGCAUAGAAGGUCAUGGGUAGUGAGGCAUCUGUGGACUGUCGGACUAUGUGGCGACCCCGAAUGUGGAGUGUAUUUUUAUGGGACGCAUCAGAUACAUUGUAUUCUAGCUCGCUGGGCCAUGUUAAAUAAACAUAUGCUUCGGAUAACUCUAAACUAGUCACUUCCUAUUUGUUGAUACAAUACCGAGCCUUAAGCAUUGCCGUCGGGAGUUUGGCCACCAAUCAUGACCUUGUCACACCUGGCAGUUGGCAGGCCCUUCCGCCUCGUAUUUACCCGAUUUGGAGAUGACUCGGCCAAGACCCUGAUGAACUUCUGCCUGGAAUGGCCCAAAGGGAAUCCUCUCUCCAUCGAUGCUGAUACAACCAUCGUGCUGGUUCCGGGGCAUGACUCUGUACGCUGAAAUUUU